UUAAUCCUGCACACACAAGACAGAGAGGAGGCCCAGCAGCUCUUUCAUACGAAGCAGAACGAUACGCAUAGACAUAAGCUGUAGCUGCAGGCACAUUUAGAAACGGCUGUUACAGACAAACUUGCUGUUUUUAUUAUCAACUAAGAGAUCACCUGGACAUGGCCCACGGCAAAGAGAUGCGGCUCUGGUUUUGUUUUACGUUGGUGUUGUCAGUCGUUCUGACCUCAGGUCUGAAGACCCUCGACUCUGACAAAGAGCUGCAGGACAGCGGGUUCGGUCAACCACCGCCUCGCCAUGGCUUCAAGUUGCUGGUGUGGUACAUUCAGGACUGCCUGGAUAACAACAUGGUGGCUCUGUGUGAUCCCACUCGAGGAGAGUACGGAUUUCAUUCGUUUCAGAACCGAGGGCCCAGGCGUCUGCUUCCAGUGAUAAAGGACAAAAGGCAAUACAGCUACUACACCAUUGGAAACCUCCACGCUCCUAAUGCCGAUGACCUGCCCUAUGAAGUCAAGAAGUACUACAACCGCAGUGACCCUGAAAGCAACAAGGACAGAGUUUUGGUGAAAUACAACAGAAACAACAAACACAUCGAAAACAUCUACGCAUCUGCACAUUAUAAGCCCAAAGAGACGUACAUAAUUGGCCCCAAUCUUCUUGCCUCUCUUCGAAAGCCAACAGCCCACAUUAGCAUAGAAAUGUGAUGCACUUCUGAUAAAUCGUUCUGUGGCAAGUUUAAUAGCUCUGUGAUUCUUUAAAAAAAAAAAAAGUGAUGGAAUUACAAACAAACAAUCUUGAUUGACAUAUUUGGCUGCUGCUUUUCUUUGAAGUGCCAGACUGCUUUGAUGAGCUUUUGUAAGGCUUGAGUAUGAGUCAGGAAAGUAAACCUGCACAGCCCUCCUGCUUGUAGAAUCUACAGUGAAUGCUUUGGAGAAAGAUUCUUUGACUAAUAAAAAAAACAAAUGUUCAAA